GAGGAGCUCGGCUGAGGCUAGUAGGGCAGCUGGAGCAGGCAGCCACCGGGGCUGUGGAGGCGGAUCCGGAUCCGGAGCUGGAGCGUGCCCCAGGCCGGGGCGGCGGAGACGGCUGCGGCGGAGCCUUUGGAGCGCCGCUGGCGGCGGCUUCCCCGGGGAGCGAGGGUGCGAGGCUGGGUCCGCGGCGGCAGCGGUGGCGGGGCCGAGCUUUUAUGGGGAUUUUUGACUACCUGGACAUCUGAAUAUGGAAGAACCUGAGAACAGGUUUAUUACAAGUCUGCUGUCUUGAAAACUGCAUUUUAUGAAUGUGUUGAAUUACAAGGGUGCCAACAGUGUUUUGUCAUUUUUGCCACAUACGAGACUAUAAUUUAAAACAGCCCCUUGGGCAGCUGCCCCUGGUGCCUGAAACUGGCAAGAAACUAGUCCUUGGAUGAUCCCCCUUCAAUAAGAAACACAGAGCCACCUACAUCCUAUGCAGUCUCUUUGAUGACAUUUAGCGUAAUGGACAGUUUUCCUGCAUCUCAUUUUCAGAUACGGAAUUAAGACUUAAGAGUCUGGGAAGUGCUUUGUUGGCUUUGAAGCACAGGUUUCUAGGUAGUAUCCCAGAUGUAUUUUCUCAUCUGUAGACUCCAAACAUCUAACAUCACAUGAAGCCCAGAUUACACCAUGGAGUUAUGUGACCCCAAGAGAUUUGGGAAAGGUGUUAUUGAGCUUUUUAACUGGGCAUUUUCUUACUUGUCCAGCCAUUAUAAUACACCCUUUGUUGAUUAAGACUAUGGGACCACAUAAAGUCAUGCAUCUUCUGCUGCCAACUAUACUCUGUGGCUGUUGAAUUUCACUGUAACUGGUUACUCUGUUACUUAAAGUCUGCAGAUAGGCAAGUUAUGUCCAAAUGACUGUGAAGCCCUGCCUGUGUUAACUGGAACAGAUCCUAGCCCAUGUUGAAGAGAAAAGACCUGUUAUGACUAACCCUUGGGAACAGAAAGUCUGCAAGAUGGCCCAAACCAGUUUACUGCAAGGGAAGCAGUUCUACUGUCGGGAGUGGGUUUUCCACAAACUUCAGCACUGCCUCCAGGAGAAAAUGAACUGUUGUAAUGCUGCUGCCAACGCACCACCCCUUGUCGCCAAUUCUGGGAAUAAUGCUAGUGCUGUCUCCGGAAAGGGGGCUGCCUGGGGUGUGUUGCUAGUAGGAGGGCCUGGCAGUGGCAAGACAGCCCUGUGCACUGAGCUCUUAUGGCCAAGUUCACCCACAAGCCUGCAGAGAGGUUUACAUCGCCAGGCUUUGGCCUUUCACUUCUGCAAAGCCCAGGACUCGGACACGUUGUGUGUUGGAGGGUUUAUUAGAGGUCUUGUUGCCCAAAUCUGCCGCAGCGGACUACUCCAAGGCUAUGAAGACAAGCUAAGAGAUCCAGCCAUCAAAAGCCUCUUAGAGCCUGGGGAGUGUGAGAGGAACCCAGCUGAAGCCUUUAAAAGGUGUGUGUUGCUUCCAUUGCUGGCGAUGAAGCCACCUCCGCAGAGCUUGUACCUGCUCGUGGACUCUGUGGAUGAAGGCUGUAAUGUGGCCGAAGGAGAACAGAUGCCUUCCAGCUUUUCAGGAACAGUGGCCGAGCUCUUAGCUGGUCACCAUGAGUUCUUUCCACCGUGGCUACUGCUUCUGUGUUCUGCUCGAAAACAGAGUAAAUCUGUCACUAAAAUGUUUACUGGCUUUCGAAAGAUCAGCUUAGAUGACCUUCGGAAGGCAUAUGUAGUGAAGGAUGUUCAGCAGUACAUCCUUCACCGCCUGGACCAGGAGGAAGCACUACGGCAGCAUCUUACAAAAGAGACGGCCGAGACACUGAACCAGCUGCACAUCAAGAGUAGCGGAUGUUUUCUGUACCUGGAACGAGUUCUAGAUGGAGUCGUAGAAAAUUUUAUCAUGUUACGAGAGAUACGUGACAUCCCAGGAACUCUAAAUGGUCUCUACCUCUGGCUCUGCCAGAGACUUUUUGUUCGAAAACAGUUUGCCAAGGUUCAGCCCAUACUGAAUGUGAUCCUUGCAGCCUGCCGACCUCUGACCAUGACAGAAUUAUACUAUGCAGUAUGGACAAAAAAUAUGUCACUGACCUUGGAGGAUUUCCAGCGUAAGUUAGAUGUCCUCUCCAAGCUUCUAGUGGAUGGGAUGGGUGAUACCAAACUCCUGUUUCAUUACAGUUUUGCAGAGUGGCUUUUGGAUGUGAAACAUUGUACACAGAAGUACUUAUGCAAUGCAGCCGAGGGCCACCGUAUGUUGGCUAUGAGCUAUACUUGCCAGGCCCAGAACCUAACACCCUUGGAAGCACAGGAAUUUGCGCUGCACUUAAUCAAUUCCAACCUGCAGCUAGAACCAGCAGAGCUGGCACUAUGGAUGAUAUGGAAUGGUGCACCUGUGAGAGACUCUCUGUCAACUUUAAUCCCAAAGGAGCAAGAGGUGCUUCAGCUGCUGGUCAAAGCGGGUGCCCAUGUCAACAGCGAGGAUGACCGCACAUCCUGCAUAGUCCGGCAAGCCCUAGAGAGAGAGGAUUCCAUCCGGACGUUGCUCGACAAUGGGGCUUCAGUGAAUCAGUGUGAUUCCAAUGGGAGGACACUAUUGGCAAAUGCUGCCUACAGUGGCAAUCUGGAUGUUGUGAACUUGCUUGUCUCCAGGGGAGCUGACUUAGAGAUCGAAGAUGGUCAUGGACAUACACCCCUCACGCUAGCUGCCAGACAAGGACACACCAAAGUGGUUAAUUGUUUGAUUGGGUGUGGAGCCAAUAUUAAUCAUAACGAUCAAGAUGGUUGGACAGCACUAAGGUCUGCUGCCUGGGGUGGCCACACUGAGGUGGUUUCUGCUCUGCUCUAUGCUGGCGUGAAGGUAGAUUGUGCAGACGCAGACAGCCGAACAGCCCUGCGAGCCGCAGCCUGGGGUGGCCACGAGGAUAUUGUCCUGAAUCUGCUACAGCAUGGGGCCGAGGUGAACAAAGCUGACAACGAGGGCAGAACCGCCCUGAUAGCGGCUGCAUAUAUGGGACACAGAGAGAUCGUGGAGCACCUACUAGAGCAUGGAGCGGAAGUGAAUCAUGAGGAUGUGGACGGCAGGACUGCCCUCUCUGUGGCUGCACUCUGUGUGCCCGCCAGCAAAGGGCAUGCAUCUGUUGUGAGCCUUUUAAUUGACCGAGGGGCUGAGGUAGACCAUUGUGACAAGGAUGGCAUGACGCCCCUGCUGGUGGCUGCUUAUGAAGGCCACGUGGAUGUGGUAGACCUGCUUCUAGAAGGAGGAGCAGACGUGGACCACACAGAUAACAAUGGCCGCACACCCCUGCUAGCUGCGGCUUCCAUGGGGCAUGCUUCUGUGGUCAACACUCUACUGUUCUGGGGUGCAGCAGUGGACAGCAUUGACAGUGAGGGCAGGACUGUCCUCAGCAUUGCUUCAGCCCAGGGAAAUGUCGAGGUGGUGCGCACGCUACUGGACCGAGGGUUAGAUGAGAGCCACCGAGACGACGCUGGGUGGACGCCCUUGCACAUGGCCGCAUUUGAAGGCCACAGACUAAUCUGUGAGGCUCUGAUUGAACAAGGUGCUAGAACCAAUGAGAUUGACAAUGAUGGGCGGAUCCCUGUCAUAUUAGCUGCCCAAGAGGGUCACUAUGACUGUGUCCAGAUACUGCUGGAAAACAAAUCCAGCAUUGAUCAGAGAGGUUAUGAUGGCAGAAAUGCACUGCGGGUUGCUGCCCUAGAGGGACACAGGGACAUUGUGGAGCUGCUAUUCAGCCAUGGGGCUGAUGUGAACUUCAAAGAUGCUGAUGGCAGGCCCACACUUUACAUCCUGGCCUUAGAAAACCAACUCGCAAUGGCUGAAUACUUUUUAGAAAAUGGUGCAAAUGUAGAAGCCAGUGACGCAGAGGGGAGGACAGCACUUCACGUCUCCUGCUGGCAGGGCCAUGUGGAAAUGGUGCAGGUCCUUCUAACCUGCCACGCAGACGUCAAUGCAGCUGACAAUGAGAAACGCUCAGCCUUGCAGUCUGCAGCCUGGCAGGGCCAUGUCAAAGUGGUCCAGCUACUGAUCGAGCACAGUGCUGUGGUGGAUCACACCUGCAACCAGGGUGCCACAGCUCUCUGCAUCGCAGCCCAGGAGGGUCAUGUGGACGUGGUGCAGGUGUUGUUGGAGCAUGGUGCAGAUCCCAACCAUGCUGACCAAUUUGGGCGCACGGCCAUGAGGGUGGCAGCCAAAAAUGGGCAUUCUCAAAUCAUUAAAUUAUUAGAGAAAUAUGGUGCCUCUACUCUGAAUGGCUGUUCCCCAUCUCCUGUCCACACAAUGGAGCAAAAGCCUCUGCAGUCGGCCCCAUCAAAAAUGCAAUCACUAACUAUUAAGUCCAAUAGUUCUGGGAGCACUGGUGCAGGGGACCUGCAGCCCUCACUGCGUGGCUUGCCCAGUGGGCCAGCCCAUGCCUUCAGCUCCCCUUCUGAGUCCCCAGACUCUACCGUGGAUCGGCAGAAGUCAUCGCUGUCCAAUAAUUCCCUGAAAAGCUCAAAAAAUUCUUCGUUGAGGACAACCUCCUCCACAGCCACUGCACAAACAGUGCCAAUUGAUAGCUUCCACAGUCUGUCGUUCACAGAGCAGAUCAGGCAGCACUCGCUGCCCCGCAGCAGAAGUCGACAGUCCAUCGUGUCCCCCUCUUCCACCACUCAGUCCUUGGGACAGAGUCAUAACUCGCCCAGCAGUGAAUUUGAGUGGAGUCAGGUGAAGCCCAGUUUGAAGUCAACAAAAUCAAGUAAAGGAGGCAAAUCAGAAAACUCCAGUAAGUCUGGGUCUGCUGGGAAAAAGGCAAAGCAGAGUAAUGCUUCACAGCCAAAGGUUCUAGAAUAUGAAAUGACUCAGUUUGACAGAAGGGGGCUUGUAGCCAAAUCUGGGAAUAAUGGCCUACCUAAGCACAUACCAGCAGAAUCCCAGGGCAAAACUGUCCCACCGCCUCAGCAGGAUGGCUCUCACACUCAGCCACAGCUUGCCAUUCAUCAGCAAGGUGGGGAGCAGAAGAGGAGGAAUGGGAUCAUGACCAAUCCCAAUUACCAUCUCCAGAGCAACCAGGUUUUCCUUGGUAGGGUGUCCGUCUCACGAACAGUGCAGGACCGUGGGCAUCAGGAAGUGCUGGAAGGGUUCCCUCCCUCUGAGACUGAGCUGAGCCUUAAACAAGCCCUGAAGCUUCAAAUCGAGGGCUCCGAUCCCAGCUUCAACUACAAGAAGGAAACACCAUUGUAAAAGUUUCCUAACCUGUGAAACAAAAGACUUUGUGAUUGAGAUGUCUCUUCAGCUAUUGGAAGAAACAUAGGAUGCCAUGGAUUUGCUGCAAACAGGAAGAUUGUGCUGUCUGGAGUUUGGCCCUCAGUGCUGUAACGCGUCUGUCCCACCAGGCUGCCUUCUCAGUGCCCCUCCAUGUUAGGCAGCUUCAUCCGUGUGCUUGUACCCACUCCACUGAAGCAGCACUUUCUCACGAAGAUGCACAUGUAAGCCCAAGGUUCCCUGAUAAAGCUGAACACCAUUUUUAGUAUUUUAAGAUUUGGUAAAUGUGCAUGUGCCAUGGUCCAAUAUGUAUGAACAGUCAGUGUUCCUUGUAUUUAUUGUUUUCUUUGUGGCAAAAGAACUUUGCGUAGUAGUUCAGUCCCAUCUGCAUUGUGGUGUGCACCUCUUCUUGUAUCUUUAAAGAUGUUGCUCAAUAAAAUAAACCUUGCAGCUGUUUUCUCUUCGCUGCACCCUCAGCAUUGGGUAGAAAUGAGUUUCCAAGUAUGUGCCAUGAGAAGGUAAGAAAAUUACUUCUGUGCAGCAGUUCCACCACCAUCAACUAUUUCUAGUAGUCGAGGGAACUGCUGUAAGUAGUUUGACAUGGACUUUGUCAGUAGAACACUGUUCACUGUUCAUUGUCUGUGUGUCAGAACAAACACCCACCCACACAGACUUUCACGCUGCAUUUCUUGCCUUCUACUAGCCUGUUAUUCCACCUCCAAGCUGAUUGUCCUCACUCCUGAGACAUGAACACUCAGGGACAGCGUCCUUGGGGAUGCACACACAGAGGGAGGGGCUCCUGAUCCCUCUGAAGGUGGUGUUCUGAUCCCUGAGCCAUUCAUUCAUUGAGGCCCUUACCUCUCCCAGCCAAAUAUCAGUUACUGUUGUGAGUGAAUGCUUUCUACUCACUACUGUUCCUGCUAGCUAUCACUGCAUGACCUAAAUUGCCCCAUCAGGAUCAGCUGGGUCUAUUUGAACAGCUUAGUUGGGUGAAUGUUCUGUGUGCUGUCCUUCACAAGUGACACCAACAACCCACCAUUCAUAGCACAUGUGUAUUUUUAAUCGUUGGUUGAUAAAAGUGAUGGAUUUGUACUUUUCUAUCCACAUAAUCUUUGUUGUUUUCUUCUUUGGACAACUGCAUGCAGGAUGGCUGCUGCCAUGGUUAUGGGAGGUUGUGUGUGACUAAGGAAAAGGACACUUGGUACAAAAUAGCGUGUGACCCAUAGCUGGGCUCCUGGAAGUAUUCUAAACCAGCACACCCAGCUUGAUGGAUUUUGGAAUGAUUGGGGAAAUGAUUUCAAAGCAAUGGUGUGAGCUUGAUAAUUGGAAUGGCCCUGUUAAUCUUACAGACCCCAGAAAUUCAACACCUUCCAUGUGCUAUUGAUAAAGAGGAAUGUGGGUAGAAUUUGAAGAUUGAGCACAAAUCCAUUGCUACUGCUGAAAACUUUGGAAUAGGUUUUAGUGACAGAAGUCAGGAGACCAUCAUACAUGAAGGACAGAUGGCAUUAUUCAUGGAAGUAUAAGUGUGUCAUUGGUUGUAAAAAAUGUUCAUCAAUCGACUCUAUAUAAGGCUUUUCUUGUUUUUGUUUAUUUUGUGUAUGUCAUCUGUAAGGCAUAAUCAGGAUGAGAUGAGUUCAGUUGAAAUUCAGGUGACAGGGCAAUAUAAGUCGAAUGUGAAUGUUUCAAGUAUUGAAUUCUUGUCCCUAUGGGACAUUUAUUUACUACACUUAACAGGACUCCUCCAAAGUAGCCUUACAAGUGUGGCUGAUUCUUUUAGUGCAGGUGAACACAUACUGCUAUUAACCAUCUUUCCUUCCAGUUCAGUCCCUGUGCACUUACAUGACUGUACAGGACAAGACCGAGCACUCAUUUCUUAUUAGCUAUAUCUUUAGAAAGACAACCUUAAAAGCUGCCAGUUUUUCUAUUAACCUUGAAUUAUUGAAAUUGUAUUUAUUUAAUUUUAUUGUUUUUACAAAAUUGCACCUUGUGACCAAAGGGCAAGAAGAUGACUCAUACAUUCAGGUUGUGUGCUUUUCAAAGAGCUAAAUGUUUUCAUGCCCAUCCUUGAUGAACUUGGAACAAUUGGUAGGAAGAGAGCCUGUUGGAAAUGUAGGGGCUUCAUAUGUAUUCCUCUGGACAUUUUUAUAUGAAUUAUGUUUGAGGAGAAAAUAGAAGUGACUUAGUCAGGACAGCCAGAGUGCUGGAGGUACCCCACCUUGCUAGUUUGUUUCUGAUAGGGAGAGUUAGUUCCAUAACUGUAAAACAGCUUUUGCUCCAUUAAAAAAAAAAAAAAAAUUAAAAAACAGUCCCACAAA